ACAUUCGAGGCUCUUUCCCUUUUGUUUGUCUGAGUUAGUGUUCUUCCCUGAAGUGGAGUGGGUGGUCUUCACACAGAACAAUAACCUCAGUCAGGCUGCUCUGCACACACUGGGAGGAAGAUGGCUGCUCUACUACUGCUGUUGUUGGUUAGUGCUGGAGUCCUGCUGUCUUCUACUGCGGCUCAGGAGGCUUAUAAUAAACUCCCCGAUAACUACAGGAAAGGAGUGGAUCUGGCUCUGCAACAACUCAACUCUCACGCUGGAGUCAAACACCAUUUUCUCUUCUUCAAGAGUCUCCUGAAGUCCGACAUAGAGUCUGGAUUUGAUGUGAGCUACAUUUAUCACAGCUUCUACCUGAAAGCCACCAAGUGCCCAAAGGGAACAGUUGACUCCACGCAAUGCAAGUUCAGGAAUGACCGACCAUUGAUAGACUGUUCAGUCUGCUACAAAACCUUUGCUGGAGAGAUUGAGAAGGAUCCAAAACCGUAUAUUCACUGUGUCCACAAACCAGCACUUACAGAGGAUAUGAUGACAACAAGAGUAGAACACUGUAACACAAUGAGUUACCACAGUGGAGCCCCUACUCUCCUGGCUUCAAAAUCUUAAAGUGAAAGGGGCCAUGUUAGUUCUGUGCCAUGACGAAAUAAUGCUAUUGCACAAUACAUCUGGAUUUAGUCUGCAAAGAGAGCCUAAUUGUGUCUGUAUUCUGUGUUCAUUAUUCUGUAUUCACCUUCAUACUAUUUCUAAUUACUUUAAACAUGCUUAGGCUUGAGCUCCAAGUGUUCACUUCAUGUAUGCUACGUACGUGUUUCCUAUUCCUCUACCUCUGCAAUAUCCCAGUUGAAUGUGGUACAUUUAUGUUCAAUAAAGUUUUAUUCAGAAAAAAUAGGGGAAAUUCCUCUAGAUGUUA